UUAACAAGAUCAACUACACAUUAUAAACAAUAUCAUUUCAAAAAUAACAUGUCAUUAAAAUAGAAUGGGACGUUCAGACAUUACUAAAAUCGGCCAUGUCCAAUCGAACAUCAUCGACCAAUGUUCCUUCCUCUCGACCCUUGAGCGCUUUUAUAUCGAUCCAGAGGAGGGAUGGAGGGAAGGGUCAAAGAAAAAACACCAAAAGAUCUCAUUUUGAAGGAUGACUCGUGGGGCUCGAUUGCUUGUGUUGGAUUUUGUGUUGGCUUUUAUGUGGGUAUGGUCGGGGACUUUGAUUAAGAUCUUUGUUUUUGGGACAUUGGGAUUUGGAAAUGAUCCGGUCGGUGAGAUUGUGAAGGCUUCCUUUUCGAUUCUCAACAUGUUUGUGUUUGCGUUUUUGUCGAAAAUUUGGAAUGGGGCUUCUUAUAAUCCUCUUAACAUCUUGUCUGAUGCUUUUUCUGGGGAUUCCAGUAGCUUUCUCUUCGUUGCUGGUGCCAGAAUCCCUGCUCAGGUACUUGGAGCCAUUAGUGGUGUUAGGCUGAUUAUCCAGACAAUCCCUGAAGCAGGACGAGGGCCUCAUUUGAACGUUGGCAUCCAUCACGGUGCUCUAACAGAAGGAUUGUUAACAUACGGCAUUGUCCUAAUCUCGCUUGGACUGUCCACGACACUCCCAGGAAAUUUCUUCAUGAAGACAUGGAUCUCCAGCUGCUCCAAGUUAACUCUUCAGAUUCUUGGUUCUGACUUAACCGGUGGCUGCAUGAACCCUGCCUCUGUAAUAGGAUGGGCGUAUGCUCGUGGGGAACAUAUAACCAAAGAACACCUUCUUGUAUACUGGAUUGCUCCAAUUCAAGGAACCAUACUUGCAGUGUGGACGUUUAAGUUCCUAUUUCGACAACCGAACGAGGAGAAAGUGAACACGAAGAAGAAAUCUGAAUGAUUGAACAUCGUGAAGUAGGUCGGGUAGGUCUCCAUGGUGUCCUGUUGUGGCAAGAAAAGUUGACACUCUUACUAAUGUAUCAGAUCGUAUCCGAUCUUCUUAGUCAUAUUAUGCUCUUGUGAAAGAUGACUACA